AUGGUGACGCUGCAGUGGCUGUCGUCUCAGCACAAAGUGAAGGGAAAAGUCCCGGGUUUGGCGUCUAAAGCGAGCAACAAGCUGGUGAUCAACUCGGCUGCUUUCCAAGACCACAUCACUCGCAGCCUGUUGUUUCCACAUUUCUCCCCUGAAGACCCUUUAUGGAAGUACAAAUGGAAAUCAACUCGAAAAAGAGUGGAAGUCAACGGCCUGCAGACCCCAGAUCAGCAGGAGGAGACAGAAUAUGUGCUGGAUUCGGCUCCACCGCCUUUAACACUAGCUCAGAAGUUGGGUUUGGUGGCCUCCCCUGCAGAGAGGCUGACGGAGGAGGAUUGGACUCGGGUUAAAAUGAGAUCUGUUCAUCACGGAGACUCGGCUCAACCCUGUUCAAUCUGCAGAGAGGAGUUUCACCUUCAUCCUCAGGUGUUGCUGUCCUGUUCGCAUGUUUACCAUCGAGCGUGCCUGCAGGCCUUCGAGAGGUUUUCUGGGAGGAAGUGCUGCCCGAUGUGCAGAAAAGAUCAGUACGAAACCCGAGUGAUUCACGACGCAGCGCACCUGUUCAGACACCAAUGUGCCACCAGGAUUCAAGCGUGCUGGCGUGGCUAUGUUGCCCGAAAACGUUACAGAGAAUUGAGGAAAUCCUCCUGUCCAAAAGACAAGCGGCUGCGACGACAAUUCUUCGAAGCAAAGUUGCAGGAGUUGAAUGACAGCUUUGUCCGAUACUGUCACACCGACACGGAGGCUUUUCUGAGUGAAAUCGACCGCUCGCUGUCAUCCAGCCGGCGAGUGUUCGAGCAGCUGAAGAGAAAACACGUCUCUGAACCUCAGGAGGACGACUGGGACCAAAUCCACAGCCAGGUGAUCCAGAGAGGUGUGAAGGACUGCCCGAUCUGCCUGACUGCAUUGAGCAUCGCUCCAGAAGCAGGUUCCUCCAGCCAAUCACAGCGCAGACACACUGUGAUGCUGUCCUGCUCACAUCUCUUCCAUCAGAUCUGUCUGGAGGCCUUCGAGUCCUUUUCCACAGAAAGCAGACCUUCCUGUCCGCUCUGCAGAUCCGUCUACUGCAAGAAACUCACCUGAGCAGGUACACAA